CCGGUCUGCACUUUCGGUUUUAUUUGAUUGUAAACUAGCUACACGAACGUGGGGUCUUAUCAGGUCUUGCCAGGUCUUAAAGUCAUCAGCUGGUGAAAAAGAAAAUGUAUGCAUAUAUUGAUCUUUAUUAUGAGGGACCCGGUUCAAGUUAAUAUAUAAGUCUAUCUAUUUGAAUAGGAUAUUUCCUUGACAUUCAGAAAGAAAUUGCAACCGGUCGUAACACCCGGGUCGGGAUGCCUAAAAUGAACUUCUCUCCGCUGCUCUUCUUGUGCAUGGAUGUGUGUGUGGUACAGACCGUCCGUUUGGCCCAGCUCUCCCCUCUCCUUCUCCCCCAUCCCUUCAUCACCCUGUGGGGUGGAAGCCUGAUCCGGGGCUGCCUUCUUUUUUUCCUUGCCUUCGCAUUUCCUGGAAGUCACCCAUGGACGAGCAGCUUUGAGGGGCUCCAGAGCAUUGGGGUUCUCUGCUUACUCUGCCCCCUCUAUAUAAGCCUUCUGUGGGCAUGUGGUCAGUCCAUCCUGGAGCAGCUCUGGGGAUGGCACUCCUGGCUGGGGCUUCUUCAGAGCUACUGUGUAACAGUAGUAGCGUGGUUGUACUGGACACGUUACGUCCCCUCUUUUCUAACCACGCCCACCAAGGAUUCAAAGGAGAAGUCUGGGGCCUCUCUAGAGAAACUGGUGGCCUAUAUGAAGCCGUACAUCAUACGGUUUGGUGCAGUCUUUAUUCUUGUGGUACUCUCUUCCCUUGGGGAGAUGGCCAUUCCCUACUACACUGGCCGAAUGACAGACUGGAUCAUGAAUGAAGGAGAGCCGGAUGCUUUCACGUACGCCAUCACAGUCAUGUCGCUGAUCACAAUUAUGAGUGCGGUGUGUGAGUUUGUGUGCGAUCUCAUCUACAACGUCACUAUGAGUCGCAUUCACACCUCCAUCCAGAGCGAGUUGUUCCAGGCGGUGCUAAAGCAGGAGAUUGAUUUCUUUGACCAAAGACAGACAGGUGACCUUGUGUCACGCAUCACCACAGACACCAAUGAGAUGAGUGAGUCGUUGAGUGAAAAGUUGAGUCUGCUGAUGUGGUACUUCAUGCGUGUCACCUUCCUCUUCAUCUUCAUGCUCAAGCUCUCUUGGAAGCUGUCGCUUUUCACGGCGAUGGGCCUUCCUAUCAUAUGGGUCAUACCCAAGAUAUCCGGCAAAUGGUACCAGGAACUCGGUGCAAAGGUUCAAAAGUCACUAGCCGAAGCCAAUGAUGUGGCCACAGAGACUUUCUCUUCCAUGAAGACAGUACGCAGCUUUGCCAACGAGGAGGGUGAGACGGAGCGCUACAAGGAACGGCUGGAGAAGACCUACUCUCUGAAUAAGGAGGAAGCAGUGGCCUAUGCAGCCUCCACCUGGACCAAUAGUAUGUCUAGCCUGUUGCUGAAGGUUAGUAUCCUGUACUACGGUGGGAGUCUGGUGACAGGGGGAACUGUCAGCAGUGGAGACCUGGUGUCCUUUGUGCUCUACGAGCUCCAGUUCUCCUCAGCUGUGGAGGCUGUGAUGUCAUGUUACCCACGUGUCAUGAGGGCGAUUGGCGGCUCAGAAGAGAUUUUUGAGUAUAUGGACCGAAAGCCUCAGGUUCCGCCAGAAGGCUCCCUGGCCCCGCAGACACUUAAAGGACUUGUCCAGUUUAAGAAUGUCACGUUUUUCUACCCUACCAGGGAAGAUACACCUGUGCUCAAGGACCUGUCUCUGGAGCUGAGGCCCGGGAAGAUCACUGCCCUGGUGGGAGAAUGUGGAUCAGGAAAGAGCACCUGUGUUAACCUGCUUGAAAGAUUCUACAUGCCCAAGAAAGGAAAAAUCCUAUUGGAUGGAGAGCCACUGGAAAACUACAAGGAUCAGUACCUUCACGACAAGAUCAGUGUGGUGAGUCAGGAGCCAGUGCUAUUUGCUCGUUCUGUCAAGGAGAAUAUAAAAUAUGGCUGUGAGGGGGCCUCUGAUGAGGAGGUAUACCGGGCUGCAGAGCUGGCAAAUGCCCACAAGUUUAUCACUGACCUGCCUGACGGCUAUGACACAGAUGCAGGGGAGAAGGGAGGUCAGGUGUCCGGAGGGCAGAAACAACGCAUAGCCAUUGCCAGAGCUCUAAUCAGACAGCCUCGGAUUCUAGUACUGGAUGACGCCACAAGUAACCUGGACACAGAGAGCGAGUAUUUGGUCCACCAAGCUCUGCUCAAGGACUCAAACCCCUGCUCUGUGCUGCUGAUUGCUCACAAGCUGAGCACAGUGGAGAAGGCCAAUCACAUUGUCGUUCUCCAUGAUGGAAAGGUGCUGGAGGAGGGUAGCCAUGUUGAGCUGCUCGCGAAAGGGGGAAGAUACGCUGAUCUGGUGAAAAAGCAGAAUACUGGUUUCCAACGCAGAGAAGGGGAGGAGCUCAACAACUAGCACACAGGCUCAAACUAUCCGGAGACAUUUUCCUUUUCCUUUUUCUUUACAUUUUACUUUAAGUCAUUUAGCAGAUUCUCUUCUCCAGACCAACUACAACAGAGACUGGAGGCAUUUUCUCACAGGUGAAAACCGAACCCAUAACCAUGAUGUUGCCAUGCUCUACCAACUGAACCAAGGCUCAAUAUUAACUGAAAUCAAUCGUCUACUUGUACAUCUCUUGUUUUCAACACCAUAGCAUCAACUUUUUAAAUAACCGUUUACCCACAUGUUUUUUACUCAACAAAAUUAUUCACCAGACAAAAAUAAUACAAUUGAACAGUACCAUACUGAAAUAAUGUAAGUUCUGUGUUUUAAAUUAACUUUUUAUGUCCCUUUUGUAUUUAUUUUUAAAUGCAUUUAGUAGUGGAUUUCCCAAAUCUGUGUUCUAUGUACAUUUGGGAUGGUGCAAAGUUUAUGGGGUGGAGGCUACCUUAAAUCUGAACUCUUUAUAAGGGGCAGAGGUGGAACAUUGUCUUUGUAUCACCAGUAUGACAUGCAAUUAUAGGGCAGGGUGUCAGGGAGAACUGUUUAUAGUGUAGUGAGAGGGACUAACAAAAUCAUUGAAACCCCUCCCAGAUGGUCAUUUUACCAUAAAUACAAGAAGUCCGGUCUAACUUAACACUAUAAACACACACUGGUAUAACACAAUUUCAAAAUUGCACUUUCUGUAUUCCACUAUUCAGAUUCUCUUAGAAAUCUAUUCAUUGUCCUACAAAAGGGUUGCUCAUUCAUGAUGUAAAGAGUGAAACCACUGAAUUUAGUUUUCUUUGUGAUGUGUUUUGAAGGCAAGCCAAAACAUGAGCCAGUUUCUGCAUUGUGUUAAAUAGCAAUAAAAAAAUAUUUUUUUCUCCAGAA